GACCGGAAGUGGAGUAGUGUAGCCAGAGUACAUGUACCAGCUGCUUUUCUGUUAACUCCUGACAGAACCUCACAGUUGUGCUUCAACCAGUGCAUUUUGACCGCUCCUCUUUGUAAAUCAUGGCUCAAUAUGAACAAGUAAACGUGCGAGGCUAUGAUGAGUUCUGUAAAGCUGUUAGUGAGAGACAAGGAAAGGACAUUUUUGUCUAUUUCUCUGGUGAUAAAGACGCACAAGGAAAGAGUUGGUGUCCAGAUUGCGUGAAAGCUGAGCCUGUUGUAAAAGGAGAGCUGGCUCAUCUUCCAGAGGGCUCUGUCUUCAUCUACUGUCAAGUUGGAGAAAGAGCCUACUGGAAGGAUCCCAACAAUGACUUCAAGAAGACUAUGCACUUGACUGCAGUUCCAACCCUUCAGAAAUAUGGAACACCUCAGAAGUUGGUGGAGGAGGAAUGUCUGAAAGCAGAGCUGGUGAGGAUGAUGUUCACUGAGGAUUGAGGUUUCCUACGCUCAACUAAAAAUGAUCCAAAAUGGCUUUACUAAUUUCAACAAUCAUCUGCCUUUAUAAUUUGAUGCGAUUGACCUACAGCAACCAAAUGUGUAAUUUUCUUUUUAAAUAAACAACUUGUAAAAUA